AUGCGAGGAGCUGUGAAGAUAUUUGAUGAAAUUAGACGUCGCAAACUGAAUGUUGCAGUUGUUGGAAUUCCUAAGACCGUGGAUAAUGAUGUGGGAAUAAUUGACAGAUCUUUUGGAUUCCAAACAGCAGUUGAAAUGGCUCAGCAAGCAAUAAGUGCCGCUCAUGUAGAGGCUGUGAGUGCGGUUAACGGGAUAGGCCUGGUAAAGCUGAUGGGUCGAAGUACAGGGCACAUAGCUUUAUAUGCAACACUUAGCAGCCGUGAUGUCGAUUGCUGCCUAAUUCCUGAGAUAGACUUUUUCUUGGAAGGAAAAGGAGGACUUUUCGAAUUUCUCGACAAGCGACUGAAGGCAAACGGGCAUGCGGUGCUUGUGGUUGCUGAGGGUGCUGGCUAG